ACUAUAAUAUGCUUAAACAAACUGAAGUCAGCUUAAGCAACUGUGCGAACACAUAUAAAAUGUAUGUGACAAACUAUAAUGUACUUAAGAGAGUUUCGUCAAGUUUCGUCAAAUUUUAUUUGCUUAAGCAAAGAGCGAUACUGACAGCACAUUACGUACGGAAUCAAUUGUUUGUUUAUUAUACACAAAGAAAAUAAAGAAAAAAAUGGAAAGCUAAAAGAAAAUUAAUUUAUUUCAAUAAAAUAUUUUGAAAUAUGUAUUUUUUUUAUUACGUGUGUCACAUAAAUGUGUAAAUGGAGCUAAAUUGUUUUGAAUACACGUGUUGAGGGAAAAUUUUCACAUACCUUCAGAGCUGCAUUUAAGGGAGACAAAACCAGCAACAAGUUAAGCGUGUGUGUCACCAGGAGUAACCAGACUAACAAAUUAUUAAAAUGAUUUUCCAACAAUUCACCAGAUUCUUGCACACCACCCGUAUUGUUUAUGCCGGCGCAGAGAAAAGUGCAUUAGCAGCAUUAAGAAAAAAGACCGGCUACACAUUUGCCAACUGCAAAAAGGCCCUGGAAAUGCAUAAUAAUGAUAUCAAUUUGGCUGAAAAAUGGUUGAAUGAACAGGCCCAAAGUCUUGGCUGGUCUAAGGCUACUAAAUUGGCUGAAAGAGCUACCGCUCAAGGUUUAGUGGGUGUUUUAAUCAAGGGCAAUAUCGGUGCCAUGGUGGAGGUCAAUUGCGAAACUGAUUUUGUAGCCCGCAAUGAAAAUUUCAAAAAUUUCGUAGAUCAUGUUUCCAGAGUAUGUGCUCAGUACACAGAGUUAACCCAAUUUGAUGGCGAUUUAUGGAAGUCCGGGUUCGAGGCCGAUGCUUUGAAAAAUCUUAAAACUUCGGAUGGCAAAACCUUGGCCGAUCAUUUGGCCUUAUUAAUUGGCACCGUAGGUGAAAAUGCCUCUAUUAAGCGUGCCAUUUGUUUCAAAGUCAAUAACGAUUUGAAACUUUCGGGUUAUGCUCACCCCCAGGCCACUACCCAAGAAUCAACACAAAAUAUUACACAAGUUGGUAAAUAUGGUGCCAUUGUAGCAUUCCGCGGCAAUAAUGUCGAUGAGGAUUUACAAAAGAACCUCUGCCAACAUAUUGUCGGUAUGAAUCCCAAAAAAGUGGGUGAAGCUGACAAGGAUAAACCCAUGGCCAAUAAGGACGAUGAAACCUGUCUUAUUCACCAGGAAUAUUUAAUUGAUGAUGACAAGACUGUCGGUGAAGUAUUGCAGGAAAAUAAUCUCUCUAUUAUUGACUAUCAACGUUUUGAAUGUGGCGAAGCUGCUGCUAAUGAGGAAUUGGAAAAGGCCAAACUCAGUAAUUGACAAAUGCGCGAAAGCAGAGUUGAUAAAGAUUAUUAGUAAUAGUAAUGUGGGUGAAAACAUUUUUAUUUAGUUUUAAUAAAUGUUGGACAUGUUUUUGAAUGAAACAUAGCAAUUUAAAUAAAGUUUGCUUUUAUUGUUAAAUGUUAAA